UAUUCCAUCAGUUGUCAGUCCGGCCUUGGGUUUGGUGGUGUGGCAGCACCCUGAGUGAGGCUAAGUGCUGUUGCCAUAGAAAUUAGGCUGGUAGGCUGGGGGAAUCAUGGGAGCAAGGUUCUAUAGUAAUGGCCAAUAAGGAGGGAAGCCACUGUGGCUGUCAGAGGUUGGAGACUGGGAUGCUUGCAGCCUUGGGUUUACUCAAAAAUUGGUGGAAAAAUUGAAUUAGAAGUUUUUAUGUUGUUACAAACAGUUUUUAAAAUUCCAUACAUAACUUUUUCUUUUAAAAAACAUUUUAUUCGUUUAUUUGGAAGGCAGUUAGAGAUGUCUUCUAUCUGUUAGCUCAUUCCCCAAACAGUCAUAAUAGCCGGGGCUGAGUCAGGCCAAAGCCAGGAAUCUGCUGCUCCAUCCAGGUCUCCAAUUUGGGUGGUAGGGGCUCAAACACAUGGUCUAUCCUGCAUUGCUUUCCCAGGCUGCCCCACAGGGAGCUGGAUUGUAAGUGGAGCAGCUGGAACUGGAGCAGGUGGUCAUGGGAUGCCAGCAUCACAGGUGGCGAUUUAACCCACUGCACCACGAUGCUGGCAAUGUUUUCAUAGAGUGUUCACAUGCCAACCUGGCCAUCAAGGGUGAUCCCUCUGGGAGACUAAAAAGGGUAAUCUCCGGGGCCAGGUUGAGGCUGGCCAGUCCUGAACCUCAGGUGGGGAGCAUGGCAGCCCCCUUGGAGCCCCUGGAGCAGGCCCCUGGGGAGCGAGAAGGGCUUCUCAUUUUGAAGGUGGAGGAUCCAUCCUGGGAGCAGGAGUCUAUCCAGCAAGCAGACAGCAGGGAUGUGGAGACAUGCCGCCAGCGUUUUCAACAGUUCUGUUACAGGGAAGUAGGACGGCCUCAUGAGGCCUUCAGCCGCCUCUGGGAGCUGUGUUGCCGCUGGCUGCGGCCGGAGCUGCGCACCAAGGAUCAGAUCCUUGAGCUGCUGGUGCUCGAGCAGUUCCUGACGGUGCUGCCAGGGCACAUCCAGAGCUGGGUGCAGGAACAGUGCCCAGGGAGCGGCGAGGAGGCUGUCGCCUUAGUGGAGGAUCUGCAGAAGCAGCCGGUGAAAGCCUGGCCGCAGGAUGUACCCUCUGAGGAGGUGGAAUCUGAGGUGUUGGGCCAAGGGUCUCAGGACGAGGGGCCUCCUCCGAUGGCAGGGGCACAGAGUGUGCCCCAGGAGCGGGUUACCUGUGGUGCCCAACUUCCUGUGCGUCUCAGAGAGGCGAGUACCAGAGAGAGGACGGAUGCUGGCCUGGCCUCUGGGGUCUGUGGACCUGUGGUGUUGGGAGACAUUCCUUUCUAUUUCUCUCGGGAGGAAUGGGGCUCCCUAGACCCCGCUCAAAGGGAUCUCUUCUGGGACAUCAAGCGUGAGAACUCCCAGAACGCCACCCUGAGUGAGUAUGUGUAGGACUUUUCUGGGGCCCUGAUGCAGAGUAGGGUGCCCAUCAAGCCUGGUCGCAGCUAGUGGCAGCUGUGCGGGGCUCUGUCCUGGAGCUCGGAGGAGGCCGUAGCCUGGGAGAGCGAGAACCGGCCCAGAGUGACGUUGGGCGGCGGGUUGGCGGGGGCGCGGCGGGGUCGGCCUCCCACUAGCCGGCGGCAGUUCCAGGACCUGGCGGCAGAGAAGCCUCACAGCUGCGGGCAGUGCGGGAAGCGCUUCCGCUGGGGCUCGGACCUGGUGCGGCACCAGCGCACGCACACAGGCGAGAAGCCGCACAAGUGCGCCGAGUGCGACAAGAGCUUCCGCAGCUCCUCAGACCUGGUGCGGCAUCAGGGCGUGCACACGGGUGAGAAGCCCUUCUCCUGCUCCGCAUGCGGCAAGAGCUUCAGCCAUAGUGCCUACCUGGCCGACCACCAGCGCAUCCACACAGGCGAGAAGCCCUUUGGCUGCAGUGACUGCGGCAAAAGCUUCUCACUGCGCUCCUACCUGCUGGGCCACCGGCGUGUGCACACCGGGGAGCGGCCCUUCGGCUGCAGCGAGUGCGACAAGAGCUUUAAGCAGCGCGCGCACCUCAUCACCCACCAGAGCCUGCACGCCAAGAUGGCUCAGCCCGUGGGGUGAGCUGCCCUGGGAGGCCCCGUGCCAUAGUGCAGCCUGAUCCUCCACCCAACGGGCCUGUCCAUGGACCCUGGGGAUCAUGGAGACUGACCCUAGGACUGCUCCAGGAGACCCCCGGCAUUUCCCUGUAAUCUUGCUGCCUCUUCUGCCUUCUCCCUGUGCCUGCUUCCCAGGCCCAAGAUAGCUGGAGAGCGUGAGGACCCUAUGGGAACCUCAUGCCAGCACUCUUAGCUGCUGCCUAU